AAUGGCCAACAGAAGCUUAGAAAACUGCCCUUUCUUUCCCUUUUUAUUUUUUUUUCCUUUCUGACCAAUUUUCCCUCUCUAUUCCCAUGGCGGUCUUCGCUUCGAACAAUGUACGCCCCUAGUCUACUCUUUACAGCAAUCAACAAGCAUCAAAAUUUCUGAAUUCUCAUUCAUCCAAUCUCCUCGAUCACUUCUCAAUCCCAGAUUCUCCAAUGGACAUCUCCGGCGACUUCUCUGACUUCAAGCUCUGUGGCUUCUUGUCUGUGGUUCUUGCCGUUUCUUCGCCGCAAUCUGAAUUUCUGAAUCUUCUACGUCCAGGUACGCGUUGUUAUGUCUCCGCAGAGAGUUCUGAUGUUUGUUUUACUUCCCAAAACGGCGUCGUCCUUUCCCCCAUUGAAGAAAACCCCAAAUCGCUCUCCAAGCCCGGCGCUUUACCUCAAGAUUCCGAGCAAUGUAGGGGGGCGGUGAAUGGAGAGGGAAUUGGUGCGGCGGAGAUUGGUAUUUUAACUCCAAAGCGCGGGGUUUCUGCGGGCGGAAGUAGGAGCUCGAGGAAGAAGAGGACGAAUAGGAUGGGGCUGGUUCAUGGCAACAUGAGCGUUGUGUACCAAAUUCACGCUCUGGUAGUGCACAAGUGCAUGAAGAUUGACGCGCAGGUGACUUUUCUCGACAUUCAGGAGGCCAGAGCUGUGUUGCUUGUUGAUGUUUAUCUUCCCGUUGAAUUGUGGUCCGGUUGGCAGUUUCCUAAAUCCAAAACGGUUGCUGCUGCGCUCUUUAAGCAUUUGAGUUGUGAAUGGCAAGAGAGAAGCUCUAUACUGGUUGGAAAAGACCAUUCUCAAGAUGUGCAUAUGGUUGGGAAGAGUGUGUCAAAUGUCGCAGAAUGUCAUGUCCACAAUUGCAAAUUGCACAAUAGUUCUGGAGGUUCUCCCAAUAGAAGGCUCUUUGAACUUCAUGAAAUAUUUAGAAGCUUGCCAAGUAUUCUUAAGUCAAGCAAACCUGAAUAUACGAGAAUGCAACCAGAGGAUGAUUAUGCCCAAUCAGGCAUAUGGGACAUAUCAGAUGACAUUCUAUUUAAUAUACUGAAAGCCCUUCGCCCUUUGGAUCUUGUUAGGGUUGCUUCAACUUGCCGCCAUCUGAGAUCCUUAGCUGCAUUAAUCAUGCCAUGCAUGAAACUCAAAUUGUAUCCUCAUCAACAGGCAGCUGUUGAAUGGAUGUUACAUCGUGAGCGACAUGCGGAAGUUUUCUACCAUCCUUUAUUUGCACCUUCUUCAACAGAAGAUGGCUUUUCUUUCCACGUAAAUACCGUUACUGGUGAAAUAGUCACUGGGGGGGCCCCAGCUAUCACUGAUUUUCGUGGGGGGCUUUUUUGUGAUGAACCUGGCUUAGGAAAGACAAUAACUGCACUAUCCCUUAUCUUAAAGACUCAGGGAACAUUAGCAGAGCCACCACCUGGAGUACAAAUUGUUUGGUGCACACAUAAUGGCAAUCGUAAAUGUGGGUACUACGAGGUUAGCAGUACUAGUAAUACUAUCACCAACCAUUUCUUGUUGAAGGAAGCUGUGGAAUGGAAUUCUCUCAAAGGAUUGGAGGACUUAACAUAUCGUACACCUAAAAGGGCAAGGAUGACAACUUUGGAUGACAGGCAUACUACUAAUAGUCCAUGUGCUGGCAAUGAGCUGAGGUCUCCAUCAUCUGCAGACUAUGCAAAAGCAGUUCAUAUGGUUCGAUGCACUAGGAGCUUGAGUAGUGUCAAGAGAAAUCUUCUUCUUGCGUAUGAAGGAGCAUCUAGCCUUUCCAAAGAACUGAAUGAUGGUAAAAAGUCAACUAGAACACGGACAAGGAAGUUUCCUGUUGGGGAAAAGAAAGUUGGUGCAUCUCCGUCUAAUGGAUCCACAAACAACUAUGAGGCACUCGGGACAACCAAUGCAGAUAAAUUUGAAUAUAAGGACACAUGGGUUCAAUGCGAUGCUUGUCACAAAUGGCGGAAGCUUGCAGAAACUUCUAUAGCUGAUUCUGGUGCAGCUUGGUUUUGUAGUAUGCACACUAAUCCUUUUUACCAAAGUUGCAGUGUUCCAGAAGAAUCUUAUGACAAGUUUCGUCCAAUUACUAAUCUUCUAGGAUUCUACAGCAAAGAAACUUCUGGAGGAGAGGAGAAAAAUAUUUCGUUCUUCACCAGCGUGCUCAAGGAAAACCGUGCACUGAUAAAUUCUGGAACAAAGAGAGCCUUAACUUGGCUAUCUAGUCUGACGCCUGAAAAAAUUUCAGAAAUGGAAAGAACUGGUUUAAGAAGUCCUAUAUUAACAUCUUAUAUUGUUCCUGGUGGUAAUGUCCGUGGUUUUCAUCAAAUAUUUGAUGCAUUUGGUUUGGUAAGAAAAAUGGAAAAAGGCACUUUGAGAUGGUACUACCCGCAGAAUCUUCACAACUUGGCAUUUGACGUUGCUGCUUUGAGAAUUGCAUUGAGUGAGCCACUAGAUUUGGUCCGGUUAUAUUUAUCGAGAGCAACCCUGAUUGUCGUUCCAUCAAAUCUAGUUGAUCACUGGAAGACUCAAAUUCAAAAACAUGUCAGACCUGGUCAGUUACAGGUUUAUGUAUGGACUGAUCAUAGAAAACCUUCUGCACAUUGUCUAGCAUGGGAUUAUGAUGUUAUCAUCACCACAUUUAGUCGGUUAAGUGCAGAAUGGGGGCCACGGAAGAGAAGUAUAUUGAUGCAAGUGCAUUGGAAUAGGGUCAUUUUAGAUGAAGGGCACACCCUUGGCUCUAGUCUUAACUUGACAAACAAGUUGCAAAUGGCUGUUUCACUGGUAUCUACAAAUCGCUGGAUACUAACCGGAACUCCAACUCCUAACACUCCUAAUAGUCAGCUUUCACAUCUUCAACCAUUACUUCGGUUUCUUCAUGAAGAAGCCUAUGGUCAGAAUCAUAAGUCAUGGGAGGCUGGUAUUCUCAGACCUUUUGAAGCAGAGAUGGAGGAAGGAAGGUUACUUUUGUUGAAUUUACUUCGCAGGUGUAUGAUUAGUGCAAGAAAGACAGAUUUGUUAACAAUCCCACCUUGCAUCAAGAAAGUAAAAUACCUAAAUUUUACAGAAGAGCAUGCUCGAAGUUACAAUGAACUUGUAGUUACUGUGCGACGUAAUAUAUUAAUGGCUGACUGGAACGAUCCUUCUCAUGUUGAAAGUUUAUUGAAUCCGAAGCAAUGGAAAUUUCGAUGCGCAACAAUCAAGAACAUCAGACUAUCUUGCUGUGUGGCAGGACAUAUCAAAGUUGCAGAAGCUGGUGAAGAUAUUCAAGAAACCAUGGAUAUUCUUGUUGAUGAUGGUUUGGAUCCUAUGUCACAGGAGUACUCUUACAUAAAAUAUAAUCUCCUUUAUGGUGGGAGCUGUUCUAGGUGUGGAGAGUGGUGUCGUUUACCUGUGAUUGCACCAUGUAGGCAUCUUCUGUGCCUUGAUUGUGUUGCUCUGGACAGUGAAGGGUGCACUUUUCCUGGCUGUGGUAAAUUAUAUGUGAUGCAGACUCCUGAAACAUUAGCACGGCCAGAAAAUCCUAACCCAAAAUGGCCUGUUCCUAAAGAUCUUAUUGAGUUGCAACCAUCGUAUAAGCAAGAUAACUGGGAUCCUGAUUGGCAAUCAACAUCUAGCAGUAAAGUUGCAUAUCUCAUUCAGAGAUUAAAAGAUUUAAGUGAAAGAAAUGAUGAGGCUGCUUUGCUCCCUCCCUCUUCAUUGACUAAAUCUGGUGCACUACUACAGGAAGUUGACCACUCAAGGGCUAUCACUUCAGAUCAUGAAAUAGUCAGAGAUAAAGUUCUUAUUUUCUCUCAAUUUCUCGAGCAUAUUCAUGUCAUUGAACAACAGUUAACCAUUGCGGGCAUCAGAUUUGCUGGGAUGUAUAGUCCAAUGCAUGCUAGUAAUAAGAUGAAGUCAUUAGCCAUGUUUCAGCAUGAUGCAAGCUGCAUGGUGCUUUUGAUGGAUGGAAGUGCUGCAUUGGGUCUUGAUUUGAGCUUUGUAACUUACGUAUUCCUAAUGGAGCCAAUCUGGGACAGAAGCAUGGAGGAGCAAGUGAUUAGUCGUGCUCAUCGGAUGGGUGCUAUUCGUCCUAUUCAUGUUGAAACCUUAGUUAUGCAUGAAACUAUUGAAGAGCAAAUGAUACAGUUUCUACAGGAUACUGAUGAGUGCAAAAGGUUGAUGAAGGAAGAAUUUGGCAAGCCUGAUUAUGAAGGACCACGAGCUCAUCGAUCAUUGCACGAUUUUGCUGGAAGCAAUUAUCUUUCUCAGCUCAAGUUUGUAAGGACAAAACCUACGAUGGAAAAGGUUGCAGAGAAUAUUUAAUUGUGUAGUGCUUGACAUAUUCUAUUGCUGUUAGUGUAGACAUAAAAAGAUCGGUCUUACAACUUGAAGGGAAAUAUUGAAGCAAAUGGUGUCUUCAGUAGCUCAAAUGCCAUUCAUAUAGUCAAGAUAUAGAAGUAGCUGUAUGUUCAUUUUGUUUUCAGUUCCAAGUUAUUGCUGAAGACUGAAGAUUCAAUCAGCAUAUUGUUAUUACGUAGGUUUAGAAGAACUUGGAUCUACAAAGUGUGUAUAGUUCAGUAGAGUAGUUUCUGAUGGGAAGAAAUAUAGAGAGCUCCGGAUCUAGGCUGUAUUGAAGUAGUGCACACUCAUAAUAUAGCAAGCGAAAAGGGCAAGCUUUUUUCAUGAGAUCUAAGGAAUCAAACAAAGGUCACAACUAAACUGUGAAUAUAGUGAUUCGGAUUCCCUCGCUGACUCCGUUCCUGGACCCAGCAGCAAACGGCAGCCAGGUUCAAAUUCAAAUUAGACUUUUAUUUGUUUGCAUUGCUCCCAUGUAUGAUUUUUGAGAGGGAAAUGUAUCCCAAAUGUAAACUUGCUAUCAUUUUUUGUUCUGCUUUUAUAAGUUGGCCAAGCGAUUGAAAUGUUGAUGCAGGUUGUAAGACUGCUGGUAUAAGAAUGAAAGAUUUUCAUGUA